AUGGCAUUAAACGUAUCUAAAAAAUACCUUAUUACCAUCUCAAAUACUUCAUAUUACGUUCUUGUGACAAAAGAUGGUUCGAAAUAUAUUAAAUUUGAAUUAGUUGAAGAAAAAACAAAUUUAAAUGAUAAUGCAAUGGACUUGGAUAAUCCAUUUUUAAAUAAUCUGAUUGUAUUAGAUUCAAUCAAGUCAGGGAUAGGCAGAAACAAAGAUAAUGAUCUUUUUGAAAUAGUUAUCUUCCCAAUUUUACAAAAACUAAAUAUUAAAUAUAAUUAUAUUAAAACAAAUGAUUCACAGUGUAUAUCUAAUUGGACUUCAACAUUUCAACCGGAUACUUUUGUCACUAUGACAACCGUGUUUUUCAUUUCCGGUGACACAAGCAUAUCUGAAUUUUUAAACUCGUUAUCUACCCAAAAGAUAGGUAUAGAACAGACGUAUAUAAAUAUAUUGCCAUUGGCUAUGGGAACAGCGAAUGCAUUAGCUAAUUCCUGUGGUUUAAACUGCCCAAUCGUUACUUUAAACUUAUUUUUAACUAACAGUCUAUCAUCUGAUUGCUUUCCUCUCUAUAAAGUUAUCUUCCCAGAUGAUUCAAGUAAAAUAUUUUUUAUCAUCUUUUCAAUGGGAUUUCAUGCAAAUCUUUUGCAUAAGACUACAUUGGAUCCUUUUUAUAGUAAGAUGGGGGUUGAAAAGUUUCAAUUAGCCAGUAAAUAUAUUUUUGAAAAUUAUGAUUUCAAAAUACCCAUAACAGUGAAAUAUUCUAUUAAGAAUAAUAAUAAUGAUGGUCCUCCGUUAUUGAUACUAGAUGAUCUUUGGUCAUAUUUCAUCUUAAUUAAUGUGCCAUAUUUGGAGGAAAAUUAUAUCCCAUCACCUGAAUCCGAUCCGUUUAAAUCUGAACUACAUGUAUUAGGAUAUUUAAGCAAAUUAUCUAAAAGUGAUUUAUAUAAUAGGAUUAUGAAAGGUUAUUCAAAUUGUAUAGGUGACAAAAUUGAUUUUUUAGAUACAAGAUAUGAACCUGUAAAUAGAGAUAUUGCAAUUAAAUUGUCACCUGUUAAUGGAAAUUGUUUACCCAAAUAUUGUUAUGAAAUUUGUUGUGAUGGUUUGCUAUUUAAUUUACUAGAUUUUGAGCCAAUUUCAAAGACAAGAGAAAAUACAAUCUUCAUUGAUUUUAUCGGUUCCAGGAUUGGAAAUUAUUAUAUCAAUUGUUUUAGACCGUUUUCUUGA